CCCCUCCCUCACUUGGCAACUCUGCGAGGAGAGGAGAGCUCCAUUCCUUGGAUGGUGAGCCUGAGCUGAGACAAUGAGGGAGGUCAAUCGCCAGUCCUUCUGGAGGGCAGUGCUGGCCGAGUUCCUGGGGAUGACCAUCUUCGUCUUCCUCAGCAUCGGCUCGGCCACGAAGUGGACGGGGAGCCACAUCCCCGCCGACGUCGUGCAGAUCGCCCUCACCUUCGGCCUGUCCAUCGCCACGCUCGCCCAGUGCCUGGCGCACAUCAGCGGCGCGCAUCUCAACCCCGCCGUCACCUUCGGCCUGCUGGUGGGCUGCCAGAUCAGCCUGGUGCGAGCGGCCGCCUACAUCGGCGCCCAGGUGCUGGGCGGGGUGGCCGGCAGCGCCAUCCUCCUCGGGCUCACUCCGCCGUCCAGGAACAGCACGCUCGGACUCAACGCGCUGUCGGAUGGCGUGACCCCGGGGCAGGGUCUGGGCGUGGAGUUGAUCAUCACCUUCCAGCUGGUCCUCUGUGUCUUCGCCACCACGGACAAGAGGCGCUCUGACCUGUCCGGCUCCGGGCCGCUGGCGAUCGGGCUCUCCGUCGCCAUUGGGCACCUGAUGGCGAUCGGCUUCACUGGGUGUGGGAUGAAUCCUGCUCGGUCCUUCGGUCCGGCGGCCGUUACCGGCGAUUUCAGAAAUCACUGGCUCUACUGGGUGGGCCCCAUCAUCGGAGGAGCAUCCGCCGCCAUUCUCUAUGACUUCGUGCUGACCAACCGCUACCAGCAGUCGUCCGACCGGCUCAAGGUGUUGACCAGCGGUAUGAGCGAGGAGUAUGAAGUGGAGGAAGAUCAAGACAGAGCGAGGAUGGAGAUGAAGCCGAGAUAGAGGCAUGCCGACAGAGCGAGGGAUGGGGGAGGAUCUUCCCAGUGGUGCUAGGGGAGGGCAGGGUUCAUGGGAAUUGCUUCUGACUGGGUUAAAUUCUGAGUGGGGUUGGUGGGUGCAGUCUUGACUGGGUUGAAUUCUGGCAAGGUUUAUGGGUGGGCCAACUUGGGGGCAUAGUUUUGACUGGGUUAAAUUGUGGGUACGUUGUUUGGGUGGAGUUUAAAAUGGUUUAAAUUUUGGGUGGAGUUUUGAUUGGAUUAAAUUGUGGGUGGGGUUAGAUACAGAGUUUUGAUUGGUUUAAGUUGUGGGUGGGCAGAGUUUUGACUAGGUUGAGAUUGUGGGUGGGGUCUUUGGUUGCAGUUGGGGACAGAGUUUCGGAUGGGUUAAACUGCGGGUGCCAAUUGAGAGUGGGUGGAUGUUUUGGUGUGCAGUGUUGAGGUUGGGUCGGGGGGGGGGGGGAGCAAAGCUUUGGCUCAUUUAAAUUGUGGUAGGCUUUGUUGGUUGGUGGAGUUUCAGCUGGUUUAAACUGCGGCCAGAGUUUUUGGUGGUUGGACAGUUCUAGAGGAGUUGUUGGGUGUUGGGGGGUGUGGAAUAAAAUGAGAUGGGGAAGGAUUGCGAUAACAAUAGGUGAAGAGCCAUUCAUACAGAUCAUAUCAUUCCAUAUGCAAGUGGAUCGAGGUGGUAAAAAGCAAACAGAGUAGCGUGUCACAGUUGAAGUGUAGGCAGACAAAUUAAGUGCCUAAUGCUCUAGCUUGAGAGAUCAAAAACCCAUCCUUUAGAGCAGGGGUUCCUCUCGGUUCAUAGUGAGGUUUCAUGGCAAAGAAAAGGUUGGGAACCCCCUCUAGGGCAUGAGAGAUCCAUUCAAGGGACUAAUCGGAUAGCUUUUCACAGAAACAAUGGGCUGAAUGGCCUUGUCUUGUGGUAAAGACAGAAUGCUGGAAACACUCAGCAGGUCAGACAGUAUCUGUGGAGAAGGAAACAAUCAGCGUUUCACUUAGAUGACGCUUCAUCAGGAAAAAAGCACAUAAAUUAGUCUAGGAAUACAGGGUCUUUGAGCUGAAACAUUCACUGUUUCUCUUCACGGACAGGCUGAUGACCCAAUGAGUGUUUCCAACAACUUCUGGUUUUUAUUUCAGAUUUCCAGCAUCUGCAGUUGUUUAGUUUGACUCUGUUGUACAAAACCAAACACAAAGCUAUGCAAAACAAUCAGGAAUCAGUAUUGAAUAAAUAAGCUAAUUCUAUAUUCUUUCGUUAGCUAUUACUCUCAGAAUAAUUUUACUGUGUUAUUCUACAAAUGGAGGGUGGGGAUGAGAGCAGGAAUAUAACAGGGUGGGGGGUAGUGAUGGAGGGAGGAGGGUGGGGAGUGAGUUUGGGGCAGAACGUGCUUGGUAUACAGAGCCUCGAACAUUCACCAGAGCACAGCCACUGCCUCUGCCUCAAUGUCGCCCUCCACUGGCGGCCUCUGGUUAUCCUACUGAUUGGUAAAUAAGACUGUCAAAUAUUCUCUGUCACUCAAUGGCCACUCUAUCAGGAACAGGAGUGAAACCCCAUGUGGUUUCUGCUGCUUCAGCCCAUCCGCUGUAUCAAGGUUCGACAUGUUGUGCCUUUGGCACACCAGCUUUGUAAUGAGUUCCUGUAGCCUUCCUGUCAGCUUGAACCAGUCUGACCUCCCUCAUCAACAAGGCAUUUUCACCCACAGAAAUGCCACUUGCUGGAUUUUUUUUAUUUUUUGCACCAUUCUCUGUAAACUCUGGAGCAGGGGUUCCCAACCUUUUUUAUGUCAUGGACCCCUACCAUUAACCGAGGGGUCUGUGGACCCCAGGCUGGGAACCCCAGGUAUAGACACUGUUGUGAGUGAAAAUCCCAGGAGAUCAGCAGCUUCUGAGAUACUCAAACCACCCCAUCUGGCACCAACAAUCAUUCCACGAUCUAAGUCACUUAGAUCACAUUUCUUCCCCAUUCAGAUGUUUGGUCCAAACAACAACUGAACCUCUUGACCAUGUCUGCAUGCUUUUAUGCAUUGAGUUGCUGCCACGUGAUUGGCUGAUUAGAUAUUUGCAUUAACGAGCAGGUGUACCUAAUAAAGUGGCCACUGAGCAUACACAUAGAAAGUACAUAACAAGCAACUGAAACCUUCUGAUUUUUGUCAUCUCUGAUUUGUGUAUAAUUAAAUGUGUAGAGGAUGUUGGUGAUACUACAGCAGUCAGAAGCUCAAUCCCAUGGAUGGACCAAUUAACCCCUGAGUGUAAAUAGGCUUUACAAACGCCAUAGCCACUUUAGCCACUAACACCUGAGUGGAGAAUUUGUUAUUCUUCCCACGGACGCUGCCUGACCUGCUGAGUUUUUCCAGCAUGUUGUAUUCCUAAUGUUAGAUUUCUAAUAUCAGCAUUCUUUCCAAUAUGCUGUUUAUGUAUUGUUUAAUUCUCUCUGUAUAUUCUACCCUUUGCAUAUAGACUCUAUUUAUUGAAAUAAUUCUCAUUUCAUUUUGUUACUCAAAUAAAAAUAUGUCCAGUUA